CUCUUCCCCGCCGCUCCUUCUUCUCUAGAGUUGCUCGGUCUGGUCAACAAAAAUGAACGUCUUGUCAAACCUCGCUUCCCGGAUGCUCGUGCCGGCGAUCAUUACCCUCGGAGCGGUCCAAGCGAGCUUGUAUGAUGUUCCCGGCGGGUACAGAGCAGUUAUGUUCGACCGUUUCUCAGGUGUGAAGAAUACCGCGACGGGAGAGGGAACCCAUUUUCUUGUUCCUUGGCUGCAGCGCGCGAUCCUGUACGACGUCCGUAUCAAGCCAAGGAACGUCUCCACUACCACCGGAUCCAAAGAUCUUCAAAUGGUCUCUCUGACACUGCGUGUCCUCUCUCGGCCGGACGUGGACCACCUGCCCAAGAUCUACCAGAACCUCGGGCUGGACUACGACGAGCGUGUUCUCCCCAGUAUCGUCAACGAAGUGCUCAAAGCCGUUGUGGCAACAUACGACGCCUCAGAGCUGAUCACACUCCGGGAGGUGGUGUCAAGCCGCAUACGAGAGGACCUCCUCAAGCGCGCAAGCGAGUUCCAUAUCCUUCUGGAGGAUGUAUCUAUUACACACAUGACCUUCGGGAAGGAGUUCACGCUGGCUGUCGAGCAGAAACAGAUUGCCCAGCAGGAUGCUGAAAGGGCAAGGUUUAUUGUUGAAAAGGCUGAGCAAGAAAGGCAAGCAGCUGUCAUCCGAGCGGAGGGCGAAGCGGAAGCGGCCUCCGUGAUCUCCAAGGCGUUGAGCAAGGCGGGCGAGGCGUUUGUCACCUUCCGCAAGAUCGAGGCAAGCAAGGCGAUCGUUCAAGCUCUCGCGCAAAAGCGGGAUGUGACAUGGAUCCCGGGUGGUGGGAACGGUACGGGAGUGUUGUUGAAUGUUCCUACUAGCCAGCAGUGAACGAUGUAAUUCUUUGGAUGAUAAUAUAGCACCCCCCCUCCUGGGCGAAUGAGUCUGAAAGUAUUGACUGUGUU